ACGCGGAAUGCUUCUCCGUCGCGUCUACUGCGAUCCGACGACGCCAAAUCGGCACGCCACAGGUUGCUGCUCGAUGCGAGGAUCGCACGGGAACUAGGUUUCCGGCAAAGAGAUCGCCGUCGUCGGCUACGUCCCCCGUUCGGUUCCUCCCCCUUCCGGCGCUCGAUCGAGGAGGCUCGCUCGAGGGUUGAGAUCGCCGGCACGCUUCUGGGAUCUGACGCUGUCGGCGAAGAUGGACCCCGGGGAGGCGCCCGCGAGUUCUAAGGAGCCUUCUGUAGAUCUGGCGCCCGUGAUCUCUGAACUUCAGAAAAAGCAUCAAAUGAAUUUACAAAAUUUGACCUUGACAACUCAACCCUUCAGGACAUUGCAGCUAUUCAUACUUGCUACAUUGCAAUAUUUAAGAAGAUCGCUUGUAUGUAUUAUCACUAGAGGCGGUGUGCUUUUGUUCUUGAUUAUACCAUUAUUAGCCAUUGGACUUCUUUUCACAAAUGAUUAUGACCCCCAAGGGAAGCACAUUCAAGAGCUCACUAGAUAUGCAAAAUUUAUGUUAUGGUGGGUGGCACUUGGGAUAGCAUCAUCAAUUGGGCUUGGUUCUGGCUUGCACACAUUUGUACUCUAUCUAGGUCCACACAUUGCCUUCUUUACCAUCAAAGCUACACAGUGCGGUCGAGUUGAUCUAAAAAGUGCACCAUAUGACACCAUACAGUUUAAAUCUGGUCCUUCAUGGCUUGAAAAGCACUGUUCUGAUUUUGGAGCUCCAGUGUAUCCCUCGUUACCUGGUUCCCGAGUUAGAGUUUCUAUGAGCAGUAUACUACCUCAUGUUCAACUAGAGGCUUUUCUUUGGGGGUUGGGUACUGCACUUGGUGAACUUCCUCCUUUUUUCAUCUCUAGAGCAGCUCGCUCGUCUGAAAACAAAGUGGAGACAUUGGCGGAACUAGAUCCUGCUUCAUCAGAAAAUGGGGUUUUCUCCUCUUAUUUGAAACCAAUUAAGCGUUGGCUUCUUUCACAGUUCCGACAUCUCAACUUCUUCACAAUACUACUACUAGCUUCAGUUCCUAACCCACUCUUUGAUCUUGCCGGUAUAACAUGUGGACAUUUUGGAAUCCCAUUUUGGAAGUUCUUUUUAGCAACCAUGAUCGGAAAAGCAAUAAUCAAGACCCACAUUCAGUCAGUUUUUAUCAUCUCCUUGUUCAACAACGAAAUAUUCGAAUGGUUGGAGAAUAAGCUAAUAUUGAUCCCUGGUUUCCCGCCUCUUCUAACAAAGCUGGUUUCCAACCUCAACAUAAUUCAGGAGAAGUAUCUACCAUCUUCCGAUUCAGCAUCGACCAUCUCAGAGGGAAUGGCAAAGCGAUGGAACUUAUCCUUCACUUUGAUAUGGAACAGCGUGAUCUGGCUCGUGCUCAUAAACUUCUUAAUGAAGAUAGUCGAUGCUACUGCACAAGGAUACCUCAAGAAACAGCAAGACUUGGAAUUGACGACGAUGGUUGAAGCACCAAAAUUGAAGUCUGUGUCUAGCUAAUAAUCGUAUUAGAAAGCAUUAAUUUCACUUUAAUGAUAUGAUUUAUACUGUGUAUAAAUAGGAAAAAAAUGACUAAUUAGCUAAACCCCAAACACAUCAUUUACAAACCAGUCUACAUUACAAGGCUUGCCUGAUCUCCUAAGUUCUCGCCACCGUAACUUAUUAUUCGAUUGUUUGCUCACAAAUGAUUGAGAUUAAAUCAAAUCUGAAUAAUUCACACUA